CCCGGGGCAAAAUGGCGAUCGGGCAGCGGCCGCUGCCCCGGGUCUGGCGGAAGUCGGGGGGAUCGGGCUGAGACGGCGGGAGCUGCGGCCCCGAUCCUGAGCGGACAGAGGUCUACGGCCUUCGGAGAAGGCCAGCUCCUGAGAAGUGGGAAGCUGCCUUCAACUGUGAGCCCAGCCGGCACAAGAUCACUAAUGAUUACCUGACAGCUCUGUGGCCCAGGUAGGUUCUCAGGCUUUGUGCAAGUCUGCAAACAUGUUCACCGUUUCUCAGACCUCAAGAGCAUGGUUCAUCGACAGAGCCCGUCAGGCCCGGGAAGAGAGGCUUGUGCAGAAGGAGCGGGAGCGGGCCGCCGUGGAGAUCCAGGCCCACGUCCGCAGUUUCCUCUGCCGGUGCCGCUUACAGAGAGAAAUCAGGAAAGAGAUUGAUGAAUACUUUAAAGCAGAUGAGUUGGGGUCCAGUAAAAGAAGUGCACUUUGUAUUUUUAAGAUUGCCAGGAAGCUGCUAUUCGUGUUCAGAACUAAGGAGGACAGUGAGAGAUUUGAGAAGUUGUGUCGCUGCAUCCUGAGCAGCAUGGAUGCCGAGAGUGAAGCCAAGGUGUGGUAUGUGUCGCUGGCUCUCUCCAAGGAGCUCACCCUCCUUUGGAUCAAACAGAUCAAGGACAUUCUGUGGCACUGCUGUGAGUUUCUCAAGCAGCUGAAGCCUGAAAUCCUGCAGGACUCCAAACUCAUCACACUGUACCUCACCAUGCUGGUCACCUUCACGGAUACUCCAACCUGGAAAGUUCUCCGGGGGAAAGGUGAGAGUCUCCGACCUGCCAUGAGCCACAUCUGUGCAAAUAUAAUGGGGCAUCUCAACCAGCGAGGCUUCUACUCCGUGCUCCAGAUACUGUUGACCCGCGGCCUGGCGAGACCCCGGCCUUGUCUGUCCAAAAGCACUUUAACGGCAGCCUUUUCCCUGGCAUUGCGCCCUGUGGUGGCCGCUCAGUUUUCAGACAAUCUGCUCAGGCCGUUCCUCAUCCACAUCAUGUCCGUGCCUGCGCUCGUGACUCACCUCAGCACAGUGACCCCCGAGCGCCUCACCAUUUUAGAAUCUCAUGACAUGUUUCGCAAACUCAUCGUAUUUUUGAGAGACGAAAACCGAUGUCAGGACGUGUGUGAGAGUCUCGAAGGGUGCAAUACCCUCUGUCUGAUGGGCAACCUCCUGCACUUGGGCUCCCUCGGCCCCAGGGUGCUGGAGGAGGAGACGGACGGCUUUGUGAAGCUGCUCACCCAGAUGCUGGGCUACUGUCAGAAGUACGUGUCCCAGAAGAAGUCCAACCUGACCCACUGGCACCCCGUCCUUGGCUGGUUCUCACAGUCCGUGGACUACGGCCUUAACGAGUCCAUGCCCUUGAUCACCAAACAGCUGCAGUCCCUGUGGGAGGUGCCUCUCAUCCGCAUCUUCUUCAGUGACAUCCUGAGCAAGAAGCUGCUGGAGAACCCGGAGCUGGCCCAGGCACAGCCGGCAUCCCCGCAGACUGUGCUCCCCGUCAAGAGCCUCCUGAAGCGCGCCUUCCAGAAGUCUGCAUCCGUUCGCAACAUUCUCAGGCCUGUGGGGGGGAAGCGCGUGGACUCUGCAGAGGUGCAGAAGGUUUGCAGCAUCUGUGUCCUCUACCAGACCUCGCUGACCACGCUGACCCAGAUCCGCCUACAGAUCCUCACAGGUCUCACCUACCUUGAUGACCUUUUGCCCAAGUUGUGGGCCUUCAUCUGCGAGCUGGGGCCGCAGGGCGGGCUGAAGCUCUUCCUGGAGUGCCUCAGUAGCGACAGCAGUGAGUCGGCGCAGCUCCUGGCCAUGCUGAUGCUGUUCUGUGACUGUUCCCGCCACCUCAUCACGAUCCUCGAUGACAUUGAAGUCUACGAAGAGCAAAUUUCAUUCAAGCUGGAAGAGCUGGUCACCAUCUCCUCGUUUCUCAACUCCUUUGUGUUUAAGAUGAUCUGGGAUGGGAUCGUAGAGAACGCCAAGGGCGAGACCUUGGAGCUGUUCCAGUCCGUGCAUGGGUGGCUGAUGGUGCUCUACGAGCGGGACUGCCGGCGGCGCUUUGCCCCUGAGGACCACUGGCUGCGGAAGGAUCUCAAACCCAGUGUGCUCUUCCAGGAGCUGGACAAGGACCGGAAACGGGCUCAGCUGCUCCUGCAGCACAUCCCCCACGUCAUCCCCCACAAAAAUAGAGUUCUGCUGUUCCGCAACAUGGUUACCAAGGAAAAGGAGAAGCUGGGGCUCGUGGAAACCAGCUCCGCCUCCCCUCACGUCACCCACAUCACCAUCCGAAGGUCCCGGAUGUUGGAGGAUGGCUACGAGCAGCUCCGGCAGCUCUCCCAGCACGCCAUGAAGGGUGUGAUCCGCGUGAAGUUCGUCAACGACCUCGGGGUGGACGAGGCCGGCAUCGACCAGGACGGCGUCUUCAAGGAGUUCCUGGAAGAGAUCAUCAAGAGGGUGUUCGACCCGGCCCUCAACCUGUUCAAGACCACCAGCGGGGACGAGAGGCUCUACCCCUCGCCCACCUCCUACAUCCACGAGAACUACCUGCAGCUCUUCGAGUUCGUGGGCAAGAUGCUGGGGAAGGCCGUGUACGAGGGAAUCGUGCUGGACGUGCCCUUCGCCUCCUUCUUCCUGAGCCAGCUGCUCGGCCACCACCACAGCGUCUUCUACAGCUCCGUGGAUGAGCUCCCCUCCCUGGACUCAGAGUUCUAUAAAAACCUCACGUCCAUCAAGCGCUAUGAUGGGGACAUUGCCGACCUGGGGCUGACGCUGUCUUACGAUGAAGACGUCAUGGGACAGCUCGUCUGCCAUGAACUGGUUCCUGGAGGGAAGACCAUUCCUGUUACAAAUGAAAAUAAAAUCAGCUACAUCCACCUGAUGGCACACUUCCGCAUGCACACGCAGAUCAAGAGCCAGACGGCCGCGCUCAUCAGCGGCUUCCGCUCCAUCAUCAAGCCCGAGUGGACCCGCAUGUUCUCCACCCCCGAGCUCCAGCGGCUCAUCUCCGGUGACAAUGCUGAGAUUGAUCUGGAAGAUUUAAAGAAGCACACGGUGUACUACGGGGGCUUUCACGGCAGUCACAGGGUCAUCAUCUGGCUCUGGGACAUCCUGGCCUCUGACUUCUCACCCGACGAGAGAGCCAUGUUCCUGAAGUUUGUCACCAGCUGCUCCAGGCCCCCGCUCUUGGGGUUCGCCUACCUCAAGCCUCCAUUCUCUAUCCGCUGUGUGGAAGUGUCAGACGAUCAGGACACCGGGGACACCCUGGGCAGCGUCCUCCGGGGCUUCUUCACCAUCCGCAAGCGGGAGCCGGGGGGCCGGCUGCCUACCUCCUCUACCUGCUUCAACCUGCUCAAGCUGCCCAACUACAGCAAGAAGAGCAUCCUCCGGGAGAAGCUGCGCUACGCCAUCAGCAUGAACACGGGCUUCGAGCUCUCCUAGCGCCCACCCGCCCACCCGCGCUCCAGGCCACCGCCCCCCCCCCUCCCCGGGCUCAGAUGGCGGCCCGAUCCCUCUCUAUAGCCAUGACACUCCCGGCACCUCAGGGCCUCCGGACACAAAGGGGGGAGCUGAAAAUAAACCUCCCAGACCCUUUGUCCACACCUGCCAAUGGCCUGGGCCCCACCAGCGGUGAGGAGGGGCGUGUUCUCUUUGGGAUAUUGGUCCUUUCGUCUUUCUUUGCUGAAUUUUCUGAGUGAGCUGUGCAUGAGCAAGUCCCAGGAACUCUGUCAUGACGGGGGGCUUGCACGCGGGAAGCCUAGUACCCGCGAGGCCCUCCCCUUCCAUUCCCAAAAACUGCACUCAGGUAAGGCCUCUCCAAGCCUCUCGCUGCACCGCCUGUCUCUGCCUCCAGGCUGCGGUUCACCGGGCAGUAGGACCCCCUUACCCCCACCCGCCACAGAGGCCAGGUUCCUAGCAGGCCCAGCUGCCCCGGAGCCUGUGCUGGCCUGUCUCCAGCAUUCACAGGGGCAGGCGUCUCGGGUUUAGGAAGGAAAAACUUGUUGGCUCCUUGGAGCAGCUCUGUUUCCAGAACGUGCUGGCUGCUAGCCUCAGCCUGCUGAUUCCAACAGGCUGCUUCCCGCUCGUCUGCUCUGCUCGUCACCCAGUGUGGAGCUGACGGGAACCCAAGGUCCCAUCCCGCCCCCCUGCAGCUGUACCCCAGAGUCCAGCGGCUCAGGAAGCUGGGCUGGGCCACCGUCCUCCCCUUCUCAGCACAGGGAGCGCAAGAGCCCCACUCACAUACACAUGCACUCAUGGAUGGGGGCGGUCAGACUGGUACUUUGUGACCUCUUCUGGCCCACCGUGCCCCGCCACCCUCACUCUUCACUCAUACUGAGAGCGCUAACUCUCCACGCAGGGCACCGGGGCCCCGCUAGUGGUCAGGCCAGCAGUUGCCCCCUUCCCCCUCUCACCCCAUCCUUGUGCAUCCAUCCAAGAUGGCAGCCAGACUGGAAUGGGGUGGGGGGCCUGCUCCCUCUGCUCUGUCCAGCCAGCUCGGAGCGGGCAGCCCUCUCCCAAGCAGCAGGAACCUCCAUAUUGGCAGCCAGAUGGGCAAGCCUCAUGGCCCUCCUGGAGUCCUUCCCGGGCCUGAACCCCGUCAAGCACAGAAUAGAGUAUACGUUUCACUCAGGUGGGGAAAACACGAGACACCUAAAGACAGCUGGGAGUUCGCUGUUUGACUGGUAGUCACCUCUGACUCUGUGGCCUUGGCACUGCACCCACGCACGAGCCCACAACGCCUGCUCUCCAUGGAAGCCGAGCGCCAGGCAGCUGUGCGUGUUCACACCUGGGUGGCCGUUAACCUCUCAUCCUGACUUGAUGGCCUGGGAACUAACUGCCUGACGGGGGAGCAGAAAGGUUUCUCUGCACGAUAGCGACUCGCUCUAUCUUCGGCGCGGAGGGGCGUUGAUGCUUGCAGCAGAGUUCUCUCAGCGGCAGGAAGCAUCGCGCUACCAGAAACACCGCCACUGCGCUUACACAGCGGGCAUCCACGGUACCUGAUGUCCAGUAGUCUCGGGGUUUCUGUCCCCACAGGUAACUAUAGGCUGAAACGUGACAAAAGGGUUUAUUAAAUGUGAACUUCAGCACACCA